AUGCCAAAACGUCGGCAGUCAAAAAUUCCUCAGCGCAUCGGUGGGAGUACGCGCAGUCCAGUUUGGUCAGUAACGCGUCGGCAGCGUACCGAGCUUUCACCACGGCGAGAUGAUGAAACCGGAACAACGCAGACGUAUAGUUCACGGACUGUGACCACCACCGAACGUGUACAAAUGAUCCCUAUGCCAAUCGGCACUGAAUCACCUCUGGACAUGCUUUCAUCAACAGGCGAAAGUGAAAGGCGAUUAGCAACGACAACAAUUGGAUCUCAUAAUAUGUUACUUGUCGGUGGUGUAACAGCUGACGGAGUUCCACUUUUUACGGGUAUCCAGGCUACACCGACAACAGAAACAACAACCAUGAUUACAACGACAACCACAACUUACAGCACCAUUGAGAUUGAAGACGAGAACGGUGAACACGAACGUGAGCUAUCGGCAUCAGAGAGAACCGGUUCACCCUCGAAAACGAUGCAGUUGACGCUGGACUUUCCGGACGAUUACGAGAUUGUCAAUUUUGAAGACGUACAACAGCAUCCAGCCGGUGAUCGAGAACAAGUAUACGUGGUUGUUGGCAAAAAGGAAUCACCGACACGAACAACCAGCACACCAGAUUACUUUGUCAAAACAAUUGACAUCGACCUGCCCUCCAGUGAAAGUAAGGAAUCAACAAGCGUUGAACGUAUUUCCGAUACAGAAAUAAACGGCUGGGAGACGAAAGAAACAGCGGAAACUCCACAACACGAUUACGAUGCACACGAGGGAACAAUCGCAUCCACAAGCAAAGAAUGUGAUAUCAACCAGGAACCAAUUGAGCGUUACGUUAACGUCUAUCACAAUGGUGUAUCACCUACAGUACUACAGUCCGACAAGGAGCACAUCACUAAGGAAAUUUCAACGGUCGUAGCAAAAUACUCAGGGGCUUACAAACAGGCUUCUAUACAAGGUGAACACACGGUAUACUAUGACCCAAAAACAGGAGAGAUCGUGUCAGAUUCACAGAAAGAAAAAAAGCGAGAAACGAAAGCGACGGAAUCACCCAGAAGAUUCAAAUCCAUUUACACGGUUCGCUUUUCAGAACCAUUUAAAACACAAGCAGACAACUACGAACUCGAUGAGCAGUACAGGCAAAGCGAAAAGGAAGGCAUUAGGCCAGUCGAAAUUGAUAUAACUGAAGGAACUGAUAUGACAGGUCCGACAACUAUACAAGCUUACGAGGGUCCGGUUGAAUCGACAAAUCGCGUUGCCGAAGUGGAAAGUGAACCACUGGAGCAACAC